UCGUUGGUAGGCCGAAUUCGGUGAGUACGUUUUCUCAGCUUUCCCGUGUCACGGUGUCGAGCGAGCGCGUCUGUCGUUGACGCUCGUCGAGUCCGUCGGUUUUUAUCUAAUCAGUGGAGGAAAAUUCAGUUUCGCGAGAGUGUGAGUACCGGUGGUCGCGAGUGUUCAGUCGUGGCGUGCGUGGCGUGCACGAGAUCGAAAGAGUCGCCCGAGGAACGAAGAGAAAGAAGAAGACGACGAUUCGACGAGUCAGUCGACGGUGUGAGACGAACCACGGGAACAGACAAAGAAAGAGAAACAGCGGGCUGAGGGGAGGGUACGAGACGCGAACGAUAGAGGGAGAAAGAUAGAGUACGCGAAACGAAAUGGUGGAAGUGGGAAGAAGCUAGAAGUGUGUCGGCCACACUACUUGGAGGAACGAGCAGGGAAAUCUUGCUUUUCCUCUUCAUACGGUUGGAUCGAAGGGGCAGAGGGUGGCUGGGUGGCGAAAAGAGAGAAACAGAGAGGAGGCAGCUCGAAAAAGGAAGAGGUAAUCCAGCCACGAAGGGUGUACGAGAGCCGUGUGUCUCUCGGGGAGGAAAGAGUAUCGUGUCGACAAACGAGAGUGCGAGAAAGAGACAGUGCAGUGUGCCGUGUGUAAACAUACAUCCUAUUGCCGUGAGUGCGUGCGCGAGUGGCAAUCAACGACGGCUUAACCAUCGUCGUCGUCGUCGUCGUCGUCUUCGUCGUCUUCGUCGUCUUCGUCUUCGUUGUUGAACGUCGUCGUAAUCGUCUAGAUUGUACAGAACUACGUGGUCGACGCGUUUCCUCGUAACAACAAGGAAGGAGGAGACGUUUAAACUCGUUGAGGCAAACGUACGAGAAAUCGGGCAACAAACGGCCCCUAGGUACCGUGCGUGUAUCAAUCGUCGCGGUAUUUGACACGCGUAUGAAACUUCAUCACAAAUGACAGUCAAUCGGAUGAGAAGGGAAGUCGAGUGCUGGCUGGAUUCGUCUGUCUAGCGGGCAAAGCGCUACACGAGAUGCAUCGGAGGGUGGGGUACAGCAACUACGACGGCAAGAUCGCCGGCCUGUACGAUCUCGAGGAGACGCUUGGCCGCGGUCAUUUCGCCGUCGUGAAGCUCGCCAGGCAUGUUUUCACCGGCGAGAAGGUCGCAGUGAAGGUCAUCGACAAGAGCAAACUCGACGAGGUCUCGAGAGCACACCUCUUCCAGGAGGUGAGAUGCAUGAAGUUGGUGCAACAUCCUAACGUGGUCAGGCUUUACGAGGUGAUCGACACUCAGACGAAGCUCUAUUUGAUCCUGGAGCUCGGCGAUGGCGGCGACCUCUACGAUUACAUCAUGCGACACGAUAGCGGGCUCAGCGAGGAGGUGGCUAGGACGUACUUCCGGCAGAUAGUCAGAGCCAUAUCGUAUUGCCAUCGAUUGCACGUGGUACACAGGGACCUGAAACCCGAGAACGUGGUGUUCUUCGAGAAACUCGGCACCGUGAAGCUUACCGAUUUCGGAUUUAGCAACAGAUUCUGCCCUGGUCAGAAGCUGGAGACUUCCUGCGGGUCCCUCGCAUAUUCGGCACCGGAAAUUCUACUUGGUGAUAGUUAUGACGCUCCUGCCGUUGAUGUUUGGUCACUAGGCGUAAUUUUGUACAUGCUAGUAUGCGGUCAAGCGCCUUUCCAAGAGGCGAACGACAGCGAGACCUUGACGAUGAUCAUGGAUUGCAAGUACUCGAUACCACCGCACGUAUCCGAGGGCUGCAAGCGUCUGAUAGCCAGGAUGCUCGUUAGGGAGCCAGAAGGCAGAGCGACGCUGAAGGAAAUAGCAGCUGAUCCAUGGCUGGCCAUUGGACCCGACUCGGAGCCGCUGGAGGCGUUGCCUCUGGUCUCCAGGCAACAGGUGUCCGAUGAUCAUCACAAUCAUAUAGUUACCAAAAUGGUCAACGGGAAUAUUGCCACCAAAGAAGAAAUUUUGGAAGCCCUCGACAAGAAUGAGUACAAUCACAUAACGGCGACGUAUUUCCUGCUGGCAGAAAGGAAAUUACGAACUCAUCGUCAGGAACAGGUACAGAAGACUCGACCGGAAAUCCUCGAAGUCUCGGCUAGCCGGCAAGAUGACGCGGCCACUAAUAUGCGUGCCGACCAAAAUUCAUUGAGCACAGUCAACCAAUCGUUGCUGAGCGUGCCACGGACGCCGGGUGACGUACCUCAAAAUAUUCGAACGCGGAAGUGCAGCAUCGUCCAAGAGGAGGAAGACGAGGACGACGUGUCUUCGUGCUCAGGUCGCGAUGAACGCGGUAGCAAUUCCACGUUGAACUCGUUCAACCGUCGAGGAUCUCGAUCAGAGGGUAAACUGUCGCACAUCCUACAGGAGAGGUUGUCUCAGCUUCCGGAGAAGCCGAGCCUCAAACCAAUGUCGUCGCAGCGAAAUUCGCAGAAAGACAUCAACGUGGUUCCUGUGACUGCAGACGGAGAUGAGCGACUGAUGUCUAGUCCAAAGAGUGGGAAUAUCAACGAUUCCUCGUCGUCUGUCCAACAAAAGACAGCGGUGAGGCCUCAAGCGGGCAACCAGCUCGUGGACAAAGUACCUGCAGCAACAAUGCUCGACUGCACCAGCCAGGAGAACCUGAAGAACCGUUUGGACGACGGAUCAUUGCCUGGCUGGUCGAGGAAAGGAUCCUCGGAAAACAGGCCAAAGUCGGUGUCCGACUGCUUGAAGUCGAUGGGACCUGUUCCAGUGAAUAAGUGGAGGAUGGGGUCGCAACAUCGAUCCUCUGCCUCUUUGGAUUCCUCGUCGACAAUGGGUCCGUCGAAACCGUCCGAAACCAGCACGACGACUACCACGACCACUAUUCUCACGGAGUCGUCCACGGUAUCGAUUCCUCUACGACCUUUGAGCGGUCUGAACGAUAACCUGUCGUUGACGCCUAAGUAUAAGACCAUGCCUUCGCCAGGCAGCACUGGUUCCACGUCUACGCCUUUGAACGAAAUCUUGGAGGACGGAGAUGCGUUACCAGUAUCUGGUAGCGAGAGUAGCGGCUCCAAGUGUCGGGUGGUUAGGAGAACCGGGUACGAACAGAGGAAGAGCAAGUUCCACAAGACACGCACAACCUCCUGCUCGAGUUCAGACGCUAGUGACGAUGACAGUGAGAGUAGAAAGAAGAGGGCGCAUAAAUUGAGCACAUCUUCGAGCAAGUCCAUGUCUUCGAGACGCGAUAGUCACGACGAUUCUAGUGAUUCGCAAGAUCCAGGAGGGAGUGGUGGAGGUAGAGGUGGUGGAGGUGGUGGAGGAGGUGUAGGUAACGGAGAACACACAACUGAAACACCGCCGAGCGAAACAAGUCGAAAGGAUAACGGAAACAGCACGAAUACAACAACCACAACGACUACGACAACGGGGGGAAGGCAUAGGUGUUCGGAGAACCAAGUUAUAUUCGGUAGGAGGCAUCGUGCAGGUAGGAGAAGAGCCGGAGAAACCCGACUACGCGAGAGUCAAUCUCUGAACCGUAUCACAGAAGUGCAGGAAGCGGAAGGACCCUCGUCGUGUCACAGUCACUGUCACGUGUCUCGCAAUUCUGCUGUUCUAGGAGUCCAAAGCAUGUCCUCGUCUUCGUCUUCGGUAUCUCAGAGCAGUACAGGUUCGCAUGGAAUUCCACAGACGUUAUCUCAGGCGGCGGCGACCGUUCAAAAGGCCAAAGGUUUUGGAGCGAGGCUUUUGCAAAGUUGGUCCCUCAGCACCGGCAAGUCCUCGUUAUCGCAAUCGUCGAACAAACAGACCAACUGCAGUUCCAACGGCAGAUGUAGCAAACAGGAGACGCCACGAGACGCGUGUCAAAGGAUCGGGAUGUGCGACGAAAGGGAAUUGAAUGGUUGCUCGGUUAAUCAGAUACCGUCGAACGACAAGGAGAAUAGGAACGGGUCGAUGAAUAGGAACGACUGCAAAAACAGGAAGAUCCGGUUGCUUAGUCGGUAUUUCGCCGUGCAUAAGAAACUCUGUGUUCCUUUACCAGGAUUGUUCGGUAAAGGACGCCUCUAUAAAGCGCGAUCUUGCGGUAGCAUUGCUCGAGAUCGUGUCAGUCCACCGUCACCAAAGUCCAUGUUAUUCUGCGCCACAGCGGAUGACAAGUGGCGAGAUCGUAAACAGUGGUGCGACGCGAAGCACCAGCAUCGCGGCAGCGACGGGGAUAUCAAUCAGAAUUUGGGUCUGUCGCAUUUGGUCCAGGAGAGCGUCGUGGGAAAAGGCUGCAGCGCGUUACCUGCCGUCUGCCACAUUCACCUGGGCGAUGCGUCGAAGUGUUGCAGCCUCUGUUGAUGAAUCCGCACGACGAGCAGGUCGAUGUACAAACGACGACGGAAGAAGACAGCAUGGGUCGCGUAACUUUAAUCCGGAGUCGUUGAAAUCGUGGUCCAUGCGACUAUGAACCAUGCUUCGUCGCUGUUUCGUCGUUGUUUCGUCGCUGUUUCGGCGCUGUUUCGUCUCUGUUUCGUCGCUGUUCCGUGGCGACUAAUGAUCGCUGCUGGUGAUCAGGAAACGGCGAGGACGCGCGAAGAGACGCAACGAGACGUAAGGGGAUUAUCACGAAGUGCAAUCAAUCUUAUGGCGGCCGUUUCGCAUGUAGAGAUGGAAAGCGAGGUAAAAGAGGAAGAGGAGAGGAAUAUGAUGAAAGAGAAGGUGCGCGAGACAACGCAGUGCGACGCGAUUAAACGGAAGACGAAGAGGAGGAUCUCCUAUACGCAACGCGUUGUGGUGAUCGUUAACAGCCACGACCUCUCGGUAGAUUACACAGCACGCGUCACAAUGGUCAAUGUAUUCAAUCGAUCACGUCACGUCCCCUCCAUCAGACCGAUGCUGCAUCAGUAGAAAACCUGAUCCUGUAACCUUUCGAACGCGAUGCGUAGUCGAGAAAAAGACCAAAAUAAUAUUAAGGGUCGUGUCGAAAGGGAGAGAGCGUUAUCGAUCGAUCUUUCGCUCUGCGGGAAGUGUAUCUAGUCCGUAUGAACAAACCUAUAUUAAAUAUUACAGAGUUUAUUACUAUUAUUAAUAUCAUUAUUAAUAUUAUUAUUCUUAAUAUUUUAUUAUUAUGAUUAUUGACUCUAAUUAUUAAUAUUAUUGUCACUCUCUUGAUUAUUGUAACGCAGACAUUGACCGAAUCAUGCGAGAGUCGCAAGAAGAAGGAUCCGUUGAAUCCGCAAGAAUGGAUUGACAUUUUUUGCUAUUUUGGAGGAUCUUCCCCUUCGCUCCCCUUCGUGUCCAUUUGUUCCCUUUUGUUCUCCUUUAUUUAUCUAUCUAUUCCUUUACCUCUAAUCCUCCUUUUAAAAUUCUGUUCCUCCCGCGAAUCGCGACUAUUGUACCGAUUUUCCUACAUAUAAAGAAUUAGCAUGCGUUCUUGGGUCUCGCACAGUGGCUCUCUCAAGAGAUGAACGGAAUUCCUUCACGAGGAACAAAGCACACAAGCGAGACCGUAUUUAUAUAUGUAACACGCUAAUCGAUUAGGCUUACGCGUGUACCGUUUCGAUCGAGGAACGUACUCUGUGGUGCUAUACGCGAACAUCUGACGUGACGAGGAAGAAACACCAAGAAAAUGGAGAAUAUCGAACUUUUUUUUGUAACUGUUUUUUUCGACGUUCUGGGGGAUAAAUACCAUAAAUCGAAAUUGAAAGUAAAAUGGUACAGUGAUGGUAUAGUAAUUCUAAAAAAAAAAAAAAGAGGUGCACGUAGACGAGUAGAAAUUGCUCGGAAGAAAAAAGUUCCGAUACAAGGUGUUCGUAAUCUAGACUCUUAUUUAUAGAAUUUACGAGCGUGAGAAACAGAAUGGAUUCAGUGAAAGAAUAGUUGCUUCUGUAACUUCUAAGACAAGGAACAGCGGAAGUUUGCAAGGUCUAUAAAGUCCGGAGGAAUUAUGUCACAAGGGUACAAGAAUCAGGAAGUUCUGCGCAUCGAUCACUGUCAAAUCUCUGAACAAGAGACCAAGGUUCAAAAAAUCCAAUGUUCUCGUCCCUACGACGUUAAGGAAUAUCUGUCGUCGAAGAAAAGCCGACGUUCAGAUGCCAAAGCGACAAUACGAAGUUUUGAAAAGCCUAACUGAAUAUCGAAAUAUUCGAAACUUACAAAAUGGACCAUCGAAAGAGGAACAGGAUCCCCUAGGACAGAACUCUGUAAUAGAACGAUGUGCACGAUGUUCUCUUCCCGUCGUACAAUUCAAGAGACGAUCCUCUUCGCCCUUUGAAGCAAUUGGGUGCGAGUGUCAGCGCGCUUGCCGGCUGAGCGCGCGCUUCAUUCUUCGCCGUAUUCAUCACCAAUGUCAUCGUCAUCGUCGUUGCCGAAUGCGCGCGUUCAUUUCUUGGAGAACGUAGGACAAACAUAUGUAUGUUGCUGUGCGAAACGAAAUAUUUGGUAGAAUAGAAGCUGUAGAAUGCGAACCUGCAAUCUAUUAUCCAUGACAAAAUACACUUUUUUUCCUGCAUCGAUCGAUGAUGUUAAAAGUAGGUCGGAAGGAACUUGGUCGACUUUGUGAAACUCUGUAGAUCGAACGCGAGCCAUUCGGCAGAACUCUCGCUGAACCUGAGCGAUGUACGUGCACGCGCUUUUCAUCCACUUUCUUAUAUAUCUGUCGCGAUGAUUGGGGUGCUAUACUAAUCGAAGGUGUAAACUCGAAACGUAUUUAUUUUCCUUUACUUUUCUUAAAUUUUUCAAACUAUUUUUUACAGUUUUUGUAGUAUUAGAGAAAGACUAAAUGUUAAAAAAUUAAACGUUCCUUUAUCGUAAAAAUUGUCAAAGAGAAAGGGUCGAGUGUUUUUGAAAUAUACAUUUCUAAGAUUUAUUGCGUGAGCGGUAUUUUUCUGGAAAAAAUCAUCUAUAUUUCUCUUGCAGGACGAUCGAAGCCUGAAAGGAUAUUUUAAGCCAAGUAAAUAACAGGUUUACAUUAAUAAAAUUCAGAUCUUAAGUCGCUUGAAUUCAAGCAACUUGGCUAAUCCGAACGAGGCUUAAAGAUUGAUACCGCUGAUAUGUCAAUUCUUACUUGAUCGAUGUUCUCAUAAAAGGAAUUAAUAGGUAGUAACGCUGAAUGAAUAACUGUUCGCUCUAGUUGUGAGUCACUGUCUGUAUCCUCGCCGUAGUAUAUGUUGAUUGGAUCGCUUGUGACACUCUGAAGACAUAUCUAUAACGUUACGUCUACGUGUUUUUGAUACGUAGAAAAUCCGAAGAAUCGGCUUUGCUUUUGUGAAAUUCGCCGCAUACGGCGCGUAACUAUCGUUCCUUACUACGGGACAAAACUAUUUCUAGAUAUUCGUGAAGCUAGAAUUGAAAUUGAAUAUCGCAACAGGGACCACACGUCAUCGCAGUCCAGAAUUCGUCGUCUUAUCGUUAGAAUAUAGAAGAAUUAGCGAUAGAGACAAUAGACAGUUGUGUGUAACGUUCCUUUCUUCUUCAAUUACUGUACGAAACUUCCAUUUUUACAAUUUUCAAAAUUAAUGCUAGUAAAGUAAGAGUAUCGAUAUCUGCUAGUAUCGAUAAGAAUCCUGUAAUGAAAUAAACUAUUUUUUUUUUCUUAAAAAAUACUGCUUGCAUUUAGAGUUCUCUAAUGAUACUGCGAGUCAGGAAAAUAUCAAUUUUUCAAUCUAAUAUCAUUUUUACGUUGGCUCAAGGUAUUGCAUUAUAGUACGAUGUAUGGUAGCAAUCUGACAAAGGCAAUAUUCGAGUCGUAUAUUUCUGUAAAUUUGCAAUUCGAUUCUUCAAAUCCUAAUGGCACCUCGUCAGUCGCGACGUUCUAUGUUUCCUGAGUAGGCCAAGAGCGUUUGUAUGUACCUAAACUAAAUCCGCGCAUAAACUGUAUGUACCGAGCCAGAUAUUUUUUAGCGUAAUACAAUUUAUUUAUUAUACAACCUGAGAAAAGGAAUGCAAGAGAGAGAGAGAGAGAGAGAGAGAGAGAGAGAGAGAAAGAGAGAGAAAGAGAGAGAGACGAUCCUUUCCAAUCGUCACUGCCGACGAUCGUCGACCUGCUUUAUUCCUCGUUGUAACACUUCUCUCAUCCUCGCCUCGUGUCGUCGCCUCGGGAACGAGAUCGUUUGCUUCCUCCACAAAGACUGAGCAAAUUGUACAAUAAAUUUCCAUAAUCGCUUGGAUGCCUUGUGUCGUACGAUGACGAUGACUCGACGAGACCAAAAAGGAAGAAAAGAAAACGAAUCAUACUGGAAUAAUGUCUCGAGAAAUCACCGUUCUUCGGUCAUGUUUCGUUGAAAGCGCGACGUUAUCAAACGUGCACCUUAUCACGGCUGAAGUGUUGGUUUUAAAGAAUAAAUAAAAAAAAAAACAAGUAAUAUUAAAGAAUAAUAAUAAUAACGAUAAUUUACACUCAACGAAUUUGUUCAUCGUUCGUUUCGAGUCCCAACGAAUCGCGACCAAGGUGUAAACGGGCAUUAAGAUUAUUUCCGUUCAAUGGAAAUUUAAGAAGAAAAGAAAAGGGAAAGGAAGAAAAAGAGAAGAAAGUGUGUGUGUGUGAGAGAGAGAGAGAGAGAGAGAGAGAGAGAAAGAGAGAUAGAAGGAGAGAAAAAGAGAGAGCAGGGAAACCAUGACGCGCGAAUUUUGCUAUUUAGCUAAAGCUACGCGGAACCAGAGUGACAUGCUUCAUUGCCGGGCAUUAUGGGUCACGGUGGUGAAUUCAAGCUUGACCAAUUACACGUACACAUUCACACACGUAUACACUCUUUCCCUUUGGAACAAUCGUAGAAUGUACGCCGUGUGUCCGUUCAGUUCGAUCACUUUUUACGCGUUAUUAGUGGUAUCUUUGCCAAAUACGAGAAAAUUCGAAAAAAGAGUAAAAGAAAAAAAAAAGGAAAAAAAUAUAAUAAUAAAAUAAAAUCGUUGAAUGUAUGCCUGCAGCUGCAAGUAACCUAGCGAAGCGUUGCGAUUCAUGCAUCGAGCUAUCCGCUCGACGAAACUUCCUGCGCGACGCCAUAUUGUCCCAAGUGGAUGCUCUAUCUAUGAUAAAUAAGAGGUAUUUUUCGUGUUGUAAAUGAAUCCAUUUAGCGAUACAGCACGAUUAGAGUGCGUUGUAAGAAACGACGAGAAAGAGAGAGAGAGAGAGAGAGAGAGACAGUGUGUGUGUGUGUAGAAGGAAGGAAAAUAAAAAUAAGAAAAAACGAUCGAGAUAACGAGGAUUCGAUCGAAAGUGGUGUUCUAGGAAAUAUCGCUUCGGUGUAAACUUUAACGAGGCGUCGUUUUCGCGUUAAUUCUCGUUCGCUAGUCCAGUCGAAGUUGUCCCUGGACAACGCUACGCAUAGAGUACAAUUGUUCCCGUGAUGAUUUUUGUAUAAGUGAACAAAGUAUGUCCCCCUUUUUUCCACCGAUGCUGUACACAUUCAUCGAGCGCCCCUAUCUCAGUUUUAAGUGAGAAUGAUAAACGAAGAAAAAAAAAAGGAAAAAUAAUUAAAAAGAAUAUAUACGUAUAUGUAUAUAUAAGAAAAAGGUAUAUAUAUACAUACAAGACAAGUGUCUGCUUAAAUUUCGUAAAUGUCGGCCCAACUUACUGCCAGUUGAGUGUAACAAACAGACAAGGAAACGAAAAAAAAAACAAAAAAAAAAAAACAAAAAAAUAAA